AUGGAAAAUUGCUCCGCCGGUCGAGUUUACGAAAUUUGCAAAGGUAAAUCAUUCCCGGAUAACAUUCGGAAAGAAGCAUGGCAGGCGUGUUUGGACAUACAAAAGAAAAAAGAUCAAUUGACGAAUUUCAACGAGAUUUACGAUUUGCCGGAACAAGAUUUAUUACGACAAGAUUGUCAAAAUAUAGUUGACAAAUUAGGAAACGAUGAUUGUGAUAAGGUAUCGGUUAUUUCCGACCUGGAAAGCAUUCUGACUUAUUACUGCAAGUCGAAUAAUUUAAAAUACACAAAGGACAAUGGUUGGAUAGAACUCCUCCUACCCAUCUUAGCGCUUAAAAAUCCAAAAUCCGACACUUAUAACAUAUUCGAAGCCAUAGUGAAAAGGUUUUUGCCGAAAAAAAAUUCCAAGGAUAUAUUUAAUUUAUUAAGGUUGUUGAUAUUGUAUCACGAUCCUGAACUGUGCUCAUUUUUGGAUACGAAAAAAGUCACGCCCGACCUGUACGCGAGUUCAUGGUUUAAAAAUUUAUUCUCCGGAACUUGUUAUUUAAAAGUGGUUCAGUCGAUAUGGGAUUAUUAUUUUCAACAGAAUAAUCCUUUUUUUAUAUUUUUCUUGUGUCUUGUUAUCGUUAUCAAUUGGAGAGAACAAAUGACUGCAUUUAAAAGUGAACCUAAAGGAAAAAUAGUGGAAAGCAUAGCGGCAAUGCCAUCCGGAUUAGAUGCCAACGACGUGUCGGAUUUUUGUUCUCUCGCUCUGUAUUACGCAUUAAAAACUCCGAAAUCGUUUAAAAAGGAAUUAUUUGAAAUACUUUUCGGGACGAAUCCGACCGAUUCCGAGUGUUUUUUUUUAAAUCAACCCCUAUCGCAGGCCUUAUGCUUACCCGUGUCGACAAGCGAACUAGUUGAAAACGUUGAAGAAAAUGAAUUUUUCGAAGGUUCAGAAGAACCCAUAGAAAGGGUUAGGUUUUUCCUGGUCGAUUGCAGGCCGGCUGAACAGUAUAACGCGGGCCAUUUACCGACAGCAUUCCAUUUGGAUUGUAACUUGAUGUUACAAGAACCGGCAGCUUUUAAUGUUGCCGUACAAGGUUUGUUCACGGCUCAGGUUCAAUCCAUAGCGGCGAAUUCGAGCGCGGGCGGAAAACAUUUAUGCUUUUUAGGUUCGGGUAGAGACGAUGAAGAUCAAUAUACGUAUAUGGUUAUCGCAUCGUUUUUACAAAAGAAUACUCAGUACAUUAGCAUGUUGACAGGCGGGUACCAAGCCAUACACGAUUAUUAUGCGAGUAUGUUGGAUCGAUUGGAAGAUCACGAUUUUAAAAAAUGUAUAGUUUGUUCGAAUUCUUCGAAAACUAAUAAAGUUACCGAUUCGAACGGUCAAACAACAAUUAAAACACCCAACGGUCAAGACAUAUUCGGUAAAAUAUCGGAAGUUUUCAAAUCUAAAAGUGCGGAUUUCAAGGAAAAAUUCAAAGAGUUGAUUGUGAAUUCGUCGGGGAGCGGAGAUAACGAUAGACACGUUAGUCCGAGAGAUAAAGUCGGAAAAUUAUACAGGAAUUUAGUACCCGUUUUUAGUAUAGACGAUGAAAAUGUACCAGGCAAGUAUAAGAAAACGUUAUAUUACGGAGGAGGUGGUGGAGGAGGAGGAGGAGAAGAAGAAGAAGAAGAGGAAAUAACGCAGGAAAUCGUUUGCCUUUCCGAAUAUUUAAAAUCCGAUAAGACGAAAGCUUAUUUUCACUGUCGGGAAAAUGGUUACUCGUGCGAUUCGUAUUUAGUCGUGAGCGAAACGGAUUUGACUAUCCUACGGGAAUUGUCCAAAAGAAAGGGUUAUGCGCUGUUGGUCGUGAAAAGGCCUCUGUCUUCUAUAGCUAGAAUUUCAUCGAGAAAAACUAUUCCCAAUUUGAUUACACUAAAAUACACGAAUCCAGACACGGACGACAACGAAAUUUACGCCAUGGAUAGAUUAAUUAUCACGAAAGCAAACGAAGCUAUAAAAGUCAUAUCGGAACAAUGUCGGAACGCUUGA